UGCGCUUCCUCCGCCUCUCCCUCCGCCUCCUCCUUUGUAGCGAGUUCCCGGCCCCUCUUCCUCCCCGCCCCCAACCCGGGCCCUCUCCCUCGCCGCCUUUCUUCCUGCCUCGCCUUCCUGCGGCGAAGGAGGCUCAUCUAUUAUAAAUGCACAGUCGGGGCUGACAUCAGCGACGAGCGGCAGCUGAGCGCGGACGAGCGGUCCCUGCGCGCUGCCAGCCCGGAGCUCGGGCCCCAGCUCGGCGGACCGCCGGCGGGGUGCGGGGAGCGCGCUGAGAGCUGCCUGGCAGCGCGGGACCCUUCCCGCCGCCGCCCCCGCACGCCGCGCCCGCGCCCGCACUGCCGCCGACUUUCUGCAUGACUGUCACAAAGAUGUCCUGGCGUCCGCAGUACCGCAGCUCCAAGUUCCGGAACGUCUACGGGAAGGUGGCCAACCGGGAGCACUGCUUCGAUGGGAUCCCCAUCACCAAGAAUGUGCACGACAACCACUUUUGUGCCGUCAAUGCCCGCUUCCUGGCCAUUGUCACCGAGAGCGCCGGAGGUGGCUCCUUCCUUGUCAUCCCCCUGGAACAGACAGGAAGGAUUGAGCCCAACUACCCCAAGGUGUGCGGCCACCAGGGCAACGUGCUGGACAUCAAGUGGAACCCGUUCAUCGACAACAUCAUCGCCUCCUGCUCUGAGGACACUUCGGUGCGGAUCUGGGAGAUCCCUGAGGGUGGGCUGAAGCGGAACAUGACGGAGGCGCUCCUGGAGCUCCAUGGACACAGCCGACGCGUGGGGCUGGUCGAGUGGCACCCCACCACCAACAACAUCCUGUUCAGCGCAGGCUACGACUACAAGGUCCUCAUCUGGAACCUGGACGUGGGCGAGCCGGUGAAGAUGAUCGACUGCCACACUGAUGUGAUCCUCUGCAUGUCCUUCAACACCGACGGCAGCCUGCUCACCACCACCUGCAAGGACAAGAAGCUGCGCGUGAUCGAGCCCCGCUCUGGCCGCGUUCUGCAGGAGGCCAACUGCAAAAACCACCGAGUGAACCGGGUGGUGUUCCUAGGAAACAUGAAGCGGCUCCUCACGACAGGGGUCUCCAGGUGGAACACAAGACAGAUUGCCCUCUGGGACCAGGAGGACCUGUCCAUGCCACUGACUGAGGAAGAAAUUGAUGGGCUCUCUGGCCUCCUGUUCCCCUUCUAUGAUGCCGACACCCACAUGCUCUACCUGGCUGGAAAGGGGGACGGAAAUAUCCGGUACUAUGAGAUCAGCACAGAGAAGCCCUACCUGAGUUACCUCAUGGAGUUCCGCUCACCAGCCCCACAGAAAGGCCUAGGGGUUAUGCCCAAGCACGGGCUGGAUGUGUCGGCCUGUGAGGUGUUCCGCUUCUACAAGCUGGUGACUCUCAAGGGCCUGAUUGAGCCCAUCUCCAUGAUCGUGCCCCGCAGGUCGGAUUCCUACCAGGAAGACAUUUACCCCAUGACGCCGGGCACGGAGCCAGCUCUGACCCCGGAUGAAUGGCUGGGAGGCAUCAACAGAGAUCCUGUGCUGAUGUCCCUGAAGGAAGGCUAUAAGAAGUCCUCAAAAGUGGUAUUUAAGGCUCCCAUCAGAGAAAAGAAGAGUGUUGUGGUCAACGGAAUAGAUUUAUUAGAAAAUGUCCCACCCAGGACAGAGAACGAGCUCCUCCGAAUGUUCUUCCGGCAACAGGAUGAGAUUCGACGAUUGAAAGAGGAGCUGGCCCAGAAGGACAUCCGCAUUCGGCAGCUACAGCUGGAACUGAAAAACUUACGCAACAGCCCCAAAAACUGUUAGCUCCUCAGCAGGGCUGAUUUCUAAGCCGAUCUCUCCGUUGUUUCUACUCAUCCCUUAACUUCCCUUUAUCCAGUGACCCCAGAGACAGAGCCAGGGCUGGAGUUGGGGGGCCAGCCUGAAGACCCCCAUCUAUUGCCUCAAGAACUGGAAGCUGACCCUUGACCUCCUGACCUCACGCUAACACUAGCCCCAGCUUCUCCUGGAGACCCCUUCCCCCGCUGACAGCCCCUUUUCCUGCCACCCGGGAGCCAAACUUCUCCUCUGGGUCAGGACCACAGACUCCUUGAGAGGUGUCUUCCUCAGACGAGAGAGCAGAGGGGGAAGCAGAAUCCCUGAUUGACUUAGAACUUGAACUUUUCCCCUGCCAAGGGGGCUGUCAGGACAUGUCAGCACUCAACAGAGGCCUGCCCAGGAUCACGGCUGGAAACACAGAGUGAGGGCUGGGUUGCAGGCUCCUCCUGCAGUCCCAGCAGCCCUGGCUCACCUGACAUGGGCAGCCGCGGCAGGCUCCCCUCUGUCUCCUCCCCUCCCCCCUGCCCCUUGUCUUCAGGGAAUGAAGAGGAUGCUCUCCAAGGCCAUAAUGACCCCUUGCCUGCCCUGUGAGUCUCUUCAAAGCUCUUGCACACCCUUUCCCCAGUUAAUUUGUGAGCCAGCCAGGGUAGGGAUUAGUGUCCCCAUUUGUCAAAGAAAGCACUGAGGGUUGCAAUGGGGACAAGACCUACUAAAUCACCCAGCAGGUCAACAGUGUACCCAGGACCAGGACCCUUGGUGUCCAGGCCCCAAGGCCAGGGCCCUUCCCACUGCAUCGAAUGCCAAUCCCAUUGUAGGCUUCUCCAGAAGGAGAACCGGAAGCCACUUCUACGUCUGUCCCACACCAGUAGUGCCAAAGUGCCACACUGCCUGGUGGAGACCCCCCAUGCUGGGGGCCCCAGACCCCCUUGCUCUCACCCUGCCCUCAGGGGACUCCAUCUGAGAUGAGGCCUCUUUCCUGGAGGAAGCCAAGGCUGAGAAGGGUGGAGCUCGUCCUGGGGCAGGCGGAGCAGGGGUCCGAUGGCUUCUGGGGAUGUUCUGCUUGUGUCUCUCCCCACCGCUCUCUCAGCCACUCUCAGCCUUACGCACGUAGAACGACCACAGCUGACCACAGCCGCUCACAUCAGUGCCGCAGUUUCAAGUCGCCACCAUCCUUUCACACAUAGGAUCCCGCCAUCCUCACAGGCUCCAUUGUGCAGAUGUGGGAACCGGGCGAUGGCCCGAGGGCGCACCACUCUGGGAUGCCACAUUUCACUUGGUCUUCUGCACAUUUUCUUUUUUCCUUCUCCUCCUUGUCUCCUCUCAUGGUCCACCACCCACAGAGCCCCAAAGCACUGUUCUCAGAAAAGUCACAGCUUGGGAGUGAGAUCUGGGGAUCAAGACAUGGGUGUCCACUCUUCUCCCACUGGCUAGAAUCUGCUAGAUCCAGGACACUCCACCUGCUUUUCCUCAGCCACCCUGCAGGACAUCCUGUCCACUGGCCCUCCAGGGGGCUGGGAGGGGUGAGCCCCCAGCCCUGGGCCUCUCCUUGACACCCCCCACCCUCCCAGAGCUGAAGCAGGGUCUCCUGGUCCCUCCUCGCCGCCAGGCAGCAUCAGCUCAUCUCGUCUCACACUUCUGGCGCUUUUUUUUCUCUCCCAUCGACCUUUGUGGUCUUCUGUGAUUAUUUAUGCUGCCUCCCAAGGAUAGAGUUGAAAUAAAAUGUUUUCAAUGUAUCAAA